AUGCCGAAGAAGAAGUAUGCUCUGCUGAGGAAAAUCCUCAAAAACAGCCACGGUAUUUUGUCCAGCGACUCUUCCGAGUCGGGUGCGGAAGGUUUUCUCUUCUCUUCAGAGGAGGAGAAUCUUGCAAGCGAGGACGAUGGGGGGGACUUCUCUUCACCCGCCUGGUCCUCCAACACCAACAGCAGUUCGUCUGCCCAUUUCGCGAGGAGGCCCGAAAAAAUAAAUCCCCCCAAAAGGCCCCCUGCGCAGAGGAGGAGCAACCAUCCCUGGUGGGAGCACAGUCAGAAAGAAAAAAAAAAAGAAAGACAAAGAAAAAAAGAAAGACAAAAACAUCGCAGGGUGAAUAAAUGCCUCGAAAGGAUAAAUGACUCAUUCUUCAACACUGAUCAGAGUGCAAAAUGUGCACUAGAGCAGAAAAAAAGAAAGGACAAGUGCAGGAAAGGUACCACUACUACUAUCACUACUACAAAGAACAGAAGGGACAGGAGGGGCCAUACAAAAUGGAGUGCAUCUCCUCACCCAGGGCAACGGAACUCACACGGGGGGAGUCCCAUCCCUGAGUUCCACGCCGACUGGGAAAAUCCCCUUCAGAGUAACUUCCCAUUCAGCAGUUCCUUCCUGGGAAAGGACAUGCCAGCACAGAGGGAAUCAACAAAUCAGGGGAACGACUGCUGGACGACCUGCCUGCAGGACCAGCCCACCGCAAAGUGCGUCCUGUGCGUAGAAGACACCCAAAUGGGGAAAAUAAAAGAAAUCAUUCUUUCCAUCAGUGCAGUCAAACCUAUGUGCAUAUCCUGUUUCUUCAUUUUCACCAAUUUGCUCCACUACCAUCCCGUCGUUUGCUUGUCCUGUUUUCGUCGUCAGUUCCCCCCCGAUAGAGCAGCGAUCUGCGCUGUUUGUGCUUGCCCCGAGAAAGGUACUUCGAUGGGUACGCACAGAGAACAGCUAGCUGUGGCGAAGAAGGAACUAGAGAUAAUAAUGUCCCUAGUCAAAUACAAACAAAGACAUAGUCCUCCCUCGGACUCUUUCCUCAAUUAUUUCGUUAACGUCAGUUAUUGUCUGAAGCAUUUGUAUUUGUACUUAAAUUCACAUCAGACUCUCAUUUUCUGCAGAAAUCGUAUCUUCGCGAGGUACUCCGUUCCGUUUGUAGACCUCCUUGGACGACUGACUGGAGGAGCGAAGGCAGUGUCUUUCCAAAGGGACGGUGCGGAGGGGUGGCAUUGGAGACAGUCUCAUCAGCGAAGAGACGGCGUUCAUCAGUGUGCCCACCAAAAGGAGGCACCCCCCGUGAGGGAGGUAAAAGGGGAGAACUUAGAAGGCUCAGAGCAGGUUAGCUAUUCGGAAGAGGUCAGAGAUUCGGAGGAGGUCAUCACCUCUGAACACGACACCCAUUCAGAGGACGUCACCAAUUCAGAUCAUUUCUACCCUUUGGAGCCAUCCAACUUCGCCCGAGACGUCGACUGGGAGGCUCCGCAUUUUUCUGACCAUGCUCAGGCGGUUGGCUCUAAUGGAGGGGCACUCGAAAAAGAGGAGGAGGCGCAUCAUGGGGGUGGUUCCGCCAAUGGGAAAGGAGAAGAGGAGGAGAAGGAAGUAGAGGAAGAGAAAGAAAAAGUGAAGGAAGAGGAGGAAGAAAAGGAAGUGAAAGACGAGGACGAGGAAGUGGAGGAAGAGGACGAGGAAGUGAAGGAAGAGGGAGUGAAAGAAGAGAAGGAAGAAGGAAACGAAUCUGAAGAAGCGCAAAGGACAGGCGAAGAGAACGGACCGAAGGAGUCUCAGAAGACAGAGGAAGAGGACGAGUCGAAAGAAGCGCAAGAAGCAGGCGAAGAGGACAAACCAACCCCCGCGGAAUGCCGAAAAGACCAAUGGGAGGAAGACCCAACGGAAAAACAGGGGCAGCAUGGGGAAGAAGUAGAGGAAGAAGAAAUCGAGGAAGAUGUAGAAAUGGUGGAGGUGCAGGAAAAUAUCCCAUGUGUGGAGGAAGCCAGACAGGGGGGAGUUGAAGAGGAACCUGAGAGGGGCGAGACCCCGGAGGGGAAAAGCCCGCCUGCAGGUGAGCCUACCACGGAGGAGCCGUUGCUACGUAGAGAAGUCGAAAGCGCCGACGCCCCGCCUAAGGAACCGCUGGACAGGAUAACACUCCCCCUAGAGGAAGAAGCAACCAGAAAGACAGACAUCAUUAGGAAAAUAAUAAGCAAAAACGAAGAAGAGAAGAAGCUGAAGGAAGAUCAUCAGAUGGAAGAAAAAAUUGCUCACACCUUCAGCGAGGCAGUCAUAUAUUCUCUCCUCGAACUUCGGAGUGGCAAAAUGGCAAGUAGCUUCGACCAGCUAAAACAGUACGACAUAAAGUUUAAGGAGAGAGACUUCAAUAAGACGGUUAAGAAGUAUCACACGAGGGGGGACCUGUUCCUCUAUUACGUGCGAUAUGUGCAGCGGAAGGAGAGGGAGGCUCAGCGCCUGUACGAGAGUCUGCAGACCGCGAACAAGGAGGUGCAAACUGUUAGGAGGAGAUUCCGACUGAAUUACGGAACCACUCCCACGCAGACUGAUAUAAACCAAGAGGUCCGCACGAAAGAUAAGCAACUGAGAAGAGCACAGAUAUUGCUGGGAAACAAACUUAGCGGAUUCGAAAGAUUGUCUAAUGUGAAGGAGGCGUACAGAAUAGUGGACGAAGUUCGCCUGCAGCUGGGGCAGGCACUAAACGGGGGAGGUGCAGAAGGGGAGCUUCGCCUUCCAAAGGGAAUCCCUCUUGCGAUGAAGAAUUUCUUGAAAAAUGGCAUUUCCCUUUGCAGAGAAGACAUGAGGAAAAACCCAUCCAGGGGAACAACAAACGGAGAGCUCCUCCACCUGCAUGCUAAGUAUAGCAAUUUCCGCAGCGACGUCCAGGCGCUUCUCAAAAUGAUGACUCUUUUGUACGCCCGAUUUAGCGAUAGGAAUAGAGCGGCAAACGAGGAGGACACGAAAGACACGUUAAACGAAAUGAAGAUGUUUGCGUAUGACAGGAGAGCUAAAAAAAUCAUUCGAAAUUUGGACAACCCUUCUAAGAUGCGAGUACCAAUACAGCCAUGCAAAUGGAAGGCAGUAGCGGGGCGGGUAAGUGGAGGGACACAAUUACGAUGCGGGGCCAACACAAGAGGAAGAAGAGGAACAAGAAGGAGAGCCGCCUCGUCAUCCUUCUCCUCCUCCCCCCCAAUGGUAUUCAUUUUAGACAUUAAAAAAAAAAACCUGGAGAAAUUCCUCCUCCACAAUAACAGAGUCGAGAUUGUCGACAAGCACACCAUCCUGUACCUCCGGGAGGUGUACCACUUUGACCACAUAUUUAUAAAUCACAUUUUUUGCAAUGGACUUAUGUCCUCCGUGGUGUGCAAGUACGUGGAGAAGUUUGUGGGUCAGCACAACGUGGCGCUGUUUAAUUUUUCCCUGACGUGCGCACGGAAAAAAAAAAUGUCUUUCUUGAAUUCGUUUGCCGACUGUUUCGAGGUUGCGGCGAGGAAGGCCAGCGGGGGGAAACCAGAAGGAGGGUUACAAGGGCGGUUAGCGACGCGGUUAGAAGCUCCGUUACAUGCGCGGGCAUCCCCAAAGCCACAUGCACAGCCUCCCCCUGCGCGCGUGUGGGGAAAACACCACGAUUCGAAACGGGACUGCAAACAAGGACGGGCAAAAAAGGGGAAGGAUACGAAUUAUCACGAGGGAGGAGACGACAAAUCGAAGUGCCCCAACAAGGACGUGGACACAUCUCCAAACAAGUCGCAAAAAAAAAGGAUUAAAAAAAAAGGCACAUGUCAAGACGAUCGCACAAAUGAUGCACAUGGAAAACAAAAGGGAUCUAACACGAGGGAAAAAAAAACAAUUUUAACUAAAAUUAUAAAUGAAUUAAAAAAAAAAACGAAUGAAACGUAUGCCGAUGACACGUACAGCUUAACAUUGCACAUGUAUGCACAACGGGGGGUGGGACACCUGUACAACAUUGGUAGGCGUGUAUUCUCGGGCAUUGAGGAGGCGCACAAGCUUCAGGGGGGUGCAGCUCCCGAUGGGGGCACUCCUCCCGAUGAGUGUACCCCUCCCGGUGAUGAACCUCACGACCCUUCUGCGGAUGCGGAUGGCAACACGGACACAGAUUUAAACACACGCGGAAGCCACAAACACGCCGCGCCAUACUCGCUUUGCAUUGACUUAAAAAAAAUUGGAAACAUAAAUAGGCUCAUAAAUUAUAAAGAGAUAAAUAAAUACAAAAGGCACACGAUAAUCUUUCUCAUAAAAUUGGAGUUCUCAUCAAGACAGGGGGGGGAAAUCCAAAGUAAGGGGCAAGGGCGAAGCCAUCACAAAAGGAUCUUCCACUUCGCUCUCGUCGAUAUUAACAUACCCAUCUUCGACGUAAUGAAACGGAAAAAAAACAAAAUUAAUUAUUUAACUGAAUUUAGGAAUAAAAAAAACUUCCAAAAUAUUUUUGUAAAUUAUAUUCAAUCCUACUUCCUUAACAAUCCUCCUCCCAUGGUUUCAGCGUCAAACAAAAUUGUAAAAUUUCUUUUUCGAAACAAGCCUCACACGUGUUUCUUCCUCCAUAUGGACGACGAUUUUCUCUUCAGCAACACCACGCCGCUUUCCUACUGUACGGCAAACCUCACCAAGAAGGGGGAUGCCCAAAAUGUUAACCAAGAUGCGCAGCAUGGGGACGAAGAAAAAUCCAACAACGUCAUAAUUCUGCAGCUCCUGUACAUUUACUACUGGUGCACUGUGUGCGAGUGCGGCGAACUGGAAAAUGUGGGCAACUGA